CAUUCGCACAUUUGUCGCUCUGAAGGCGUCGCGUCUCGGUCCGCUGUCGCCUGUCCUCGUCUUCUUCGUUUUGUGGCGCAAACGUGACUGCGCGUCGACGCCUGCGCUGCCCGCACCCGCACCCAACCCCCCGCCAGAGAUUAAUAAUUGCAAGUCGGGCGUGCGUUUUUCGGCAGUUGCGGUAAAUUCCAAGCCGUAAAUUGAACUUGAGAUUAGCCAUUUGUUCGUUUUGUGUUCGUUUUCGGCUGUUUUGUUAUGUUAUGCAUUACAUUUCGUUGUGGAUAGAGCAACAAAUCACAAAUGAAAUCGUCGGACGUGGAGGCAGCAGAGUCUGCUGCCAACGGCAGAGCAAAGGAGUUGGAAGCUAGCGAGAAACAAGAGAAAGAGGGUCCGGAAUAUCCGAAGUCGGUGGCCUUCAUCAUUAGCAAUGAGUUCUGCGAGCGUUUCAACUAUUAUGGCAUGCGUGCCAUUCUGGUGCUGUAUCUGACGCACAAGCUGGGCUACGACGAGGAGACGGCAACGGUGCUCUUCCACGUGUUCACCAUGCUGGUGUACAUCUUCCCCCUGGUCGGAGCACUAAUCGCGGAUGGCUGGCUGGGCAAGUACAGCACGAUAUUGUAUCUGUCUGUGGUAUAUAGCUUGGGCGCGAUGAUAGUCGCCUUUGGGGCCAUACCCAUAGCCGGCAUGCCCGUGAAGGUGGUGACCAUUGUGGGCCUGCUGCUGAUAGCCGUGGGCACCGGCGGCAUCAAGCCGUGCGUCUCGGCCUUCGGUGGGGAUCAGUUCCAGCUGCCGGCGCAGGCGGUCGACCUGGCCAAGUUCUUCUCGCUCUUCUACUUUGCGAUCAAUGCCGGCUCGAUGAUCUCGACAACGGUGACGCCCAUCUUGCGGGCGGAUGUGUAUUGCUUCGGCGAGGAGGACUGCUACUCGCUGGCCUUUGGGGUGCCCGCCGUCCUGAUGAUCGUCUCGAUGGUGAUCUUUGUGGCCGGCAAGAGGCGCUACAAGCUGCAUCCGCCGUCGGGCAACAUGAUCUUCGGCGUGUCGCAGUGCAUCACGAACGCGUACAAGGGCUGGCGCCACAAUCGCAUGGACAAGCCGAUGGUGCACUUCCUCGACUAUGCCACGCCCGUCGUCGGCCAGCAGAUGGUCUACGAGACGAAAUGCCUGACCAAGAUCCUGCUGCUCUAUGUGCCGUUCCCCAUCUUCUGGGCGCUGUCCGAUCAGCAGGGCUCGCGCUGGACCUUCCAGGCGACGCACAUGGACGGCUCGAUUCUGGGCUACCAGAUCAAGCCCGAUCAGAUGCAGGUGGUCAAUCCGCUGCUGAUACUCGCCUUCAUUCCGCUCUUCGACUAUCUCAUCUAUCCGCUGCUCGCCCGCGUCGGCAUCAAGCGUCCGUUGCAGAAGCUCAGCAUUGGCCUCCUGCUCGCCGCCUUCGGAUUCUUUCUGUCCGCCGCCGUUGAGCUGCGCCUCGAACAGCUCGAGCCGGCCGCGACGCCCUCCGCCCCGGACAUGGCCCAUCUCCGGCUCUACAAUGGGAUGCCCUGCCGCUACGAUUUCACCAGCGACCUAGUGUCGGAGUCCAAGUCGGAGUUGGAGUUGGAGUCGGCGCACAGCAUCGAGCCGCUGGGCAUGUGGUCGAAUCUGGGCCUGCAUGUGCCCCAGCCCAAGGAGUACGCGUUUGUGGCCCGCUCGCCGACCAAGCAAUGCCCCAGCAUCGAGGGCAGCAUUCGUUUGGAGCCGGGCAAGUCGGUCAGCUAUUUUCUGGCCAAUGCUGCGCUCCGGGAGUUUCCCGACGGCCUGACCAGUGCCCAGCGCAUCAACAGGCCCCCGCUGCUGCGCGCCCUGGUCAACACACCCGCGGACGAGGGCCCCAUCCUGCUGAGGGCGCCCGUUUCGGGUGUGCCCGGCGUCCGGCUGGACAUCGGCAAUCUGACGGCGCUGCACCAGAUCUCGCUCGGCUACGGCGAGCUGGACAUCAACGGGAAGCGCGCGGCCAGCUUCGAGGCCAAGAACGGCGGACUCUACAGCCUGCUGGUGCAGGGCAAUGCCCGCGACGGCUACCAAUACAACAUGCUGGAGGUGGUGCCGCCGACAUCGCUGUCGAUACUGUGGCAGCUGCCGCAGAUUGUGGUGAUGACCGCCGCCGAGAUAAUGUUCUCGGUGACGGGGCUCGAGUUCUCCUUUACCCAGGCGCCGGUCAGCAUGAAGUCCGUGCUGCAGGCCUGCUGGCUCCUCUCGGUGGCCAUUGGCAAUAUGAUUGUCGUGGUCAUAGCCGAGGUCAAGUUCGUCAGCACCCAGUCGGCGGAGUUUGCUCUCUUCGCCAGCAUCAUGCUGGUCAAUCUCUUGAUCUUCCUCUUUCUCGCGCGCAACUACAAGUAUAUGGAACUGCCGAAGGUCAUCAAGGAUGAGGAAUUCAAGAAGAUUACGCUCCACAACAUCGAGGGUCACCACAAGCAUCUGCCGAAUGUGAAGCGCAGCUCAGCUGGCGGCGGCGGCGGCGGCAGCGACGGCGGCAGCGACGUCGGCAUAGACACGCCAGGACACGGCAGCUAUCGCAAUCAGGCCUACGAUACUUACCUGGAGCCCUAAACCUCUCAAUCUGUGUUAGCUGAGACUGAUUCUCGAAUAUGCUUUUAGCAACCAUGUUUUGUUUUAUAUUUAUUUUAUGCUCUUGUUAUUGUUUUUGUACCAUUUUUUUACCUUAGUCAAAUUAAGUCUAAGUGUUCGCCAAGUCUGUUUUAUGUUUGUUUUUACAA